UUCGGCUUCAUGGGCUCGCUGGAGAUCUUCUCGCGGGCCGCCAUCGACGUCUACAACCAGCACCAGGGCGACUGCCUAGUGAACAUCGGCACCGACGGCGGCGAGGACUUCUACAUGAAGACCUGCAUGGACGCCAUCGGUGUUGGCCACAUGGAGGACCUGAGCCUCCUGCGGGACAGAUACGACUUCGUCGCGUUCCCUGGGGACUUCUCCCCGGUGGCGCUCGACGACUGCUCGGACGGCGGCAGCGUGGCGUACCACCCGCACAAGACCUGGGACAACUGGCAGGAGUGCAAGUCGAUGUCCGAGGCCGCCGAGGGGUCCUACGACGGCGGCGGCGACUAG